CACGCAGACUCAGUGCUCACCGGCAGUGGCAAGAUGGUGGUGCUCAGAAUGCAGUUUGCGUUGUUCACGGUUUUGUUUUUGAAUCUUUGCUACAGUCUCGUUUCGGCACUGUACUUUCACAUCGGCGAGACGGAAAAGAAAUGCUUCAUAGAAGAAAUCCCGGAUGAAACUAUGAUAAUUGGAAACUAUCGGACACAGCUCUAUGACAAACAAAAAGAAGAGUACUUGCCUGCCACACAAGGACUUGGAAUGUUUGUGGAAGUUAAAGAUCCCGAUGAGAAGGUGAUCCUGUCUCGUCAGUAUGGAUCAGAAGGCAGGUUCACCUUCACCUCCCACACACCUGGAGAACACCAGAUCUGUUUGCACUCCAACUCCUCCAAGUUCUCUCUGUUUGCUGGUGGAAUGCUUCGAGUUCAUCUGGACAUCCAAGUGGGAGAGCACACAAAUAACUAUGCAGAGAUUGCUGCCAAAGACAAACUGACGGAGCUGCAGCUCAGGGUUCGCCAGCUGGUGGAGCAGGUCGAUCAGAUUCAGAAGGAGCAAAACUAUCAGAGAUACCGUGAAGAGCGCUUCAGACAGACCAGUGAGAGCACUAAUCAAAGAGUGCUCUGGUGGUCCAUUGUCCAGACACUGAUUCUCGUGGCGAUUGGUUUCUGGCAGAUGAGACAUCUCAAGAGCUUCUUUGAGGCCAAGAAAUUAGUGUAGGGUGUGUGUUGCAAUGUUCUCUUCUUUCAGUUUAUGCAGUACACAGGAGUUUGAGACUAAUGUGCUCCGAAAGUUUCAAGUCUAGACUGCUGAAAUGAAUCUCUCAGUUCAA